UUGGUCCUUGGUUUACGAUGCCUUUCAUCUCUGUUUAACUUCUUCUUUUUGUUUUUAGUUUUUUUUUAACGAGUUUGUGGAGCUCGAGCUCUUUAAGAAAAAUGGUUAAGAGGAGCAAAUUGCUUCAGGCUCUUGAUGAGCAUCGGGGUCGUGAUUAUGAUGCUGAGAAGCAGAAGAAGUUAGUUAAGGCGGCGGAGAAGAGGAAGGCUGCUAAAAGGGCUGCUGCUGGGGAGGUUGCUCAGGUCGAAGAAGUGAAGUCUAAGAAGCGCACGGCCGAAGAGAUUGAGGAAGGAUCUAGCGACGAGGAAGAAGAGGAUGAGACCUUUGACAAGGAAGAAGAAAGCAAUGACAACGAUGGAGAAGAGGAAGACGAGGAAGACGAGGAAGAAGAAGAAGAUAUCCCGCUCUCCGACCUCUCGGCCGACGAAAGAGAAGACGUCGUACCGCACCAACGUCUCACAAUCAACAACUCCGCCGCCAUCAAAGCCUCCCUCAAGCGUAUUUCCUUCAUCACAUCUCAGACCCCAUUCUCCGAGCACAACUCGCUAGUCUCUCAAGAGCCGAUCGAUGUCCCUGACCCCAACGAUGACUUGGCUCGUGAACUGGCUUUCUACAAGGUUUGCCAAGCGGCUGCUACGUCGGCGCGUGGACUGCUGAAGAAGGAGGGUAUUCCGUUUACUCGGCCUGGAGAUUACUUUGCUGAGAUGGUCAAGUCUGAUGAGCACAUGGGCAAGAUUAAGAAGAAGCUGUAUGAUGAGGCGGCGGCUAAGAAGGCGGCUGCGGAGGCUCGCAAACAGCGUGAUCUGAAGAAGUUCGGAAAGCAGGUUCAGGUUGCUAAGUUGCAGCAGCGCGCGAAGGAGAAGCGUGAGACUUUGGAGAAGAUCAAUGACCUGAAGAAGAAGCGUAAGACCAACUCAUCAGGUCCCACAGAUAACGACAACGAACUCUUCGACGUCGCCAUAGAUAACUCCGAGCCCCAGGGCCUCAAACGUGGCCGUGAGGGAGGUAGUGGUCCCUCUACGAAACGCCAGAAAAAGAACGAGAAGUACGGCUUCGGCGGUAAGAAGCGGCAUGCCAAGAGCGGUGAUGCUAUGUCCAGCGGAGACCUGCGCAAUUUCUCGGCGAAGAAGAUGAAGGGUGGCCUUAAGGGUGGUGCUAAGAGACCUGGCAAGAGCAAGAGGGCAGCCGCCAAGGGACGGAUGUGAUUGACUUGCUUUAUUUCCUUUUCCGUUUUUUGCUUGUACGGGAUGUAAAAGCUGGCUUUAUGGGAUUUCAAAAAGAGUACUGUCUAUUAUCUCCUAGAUCUAGAUCGGAGACUACGGAUCUGCGUCCAUAGUCUCAGGUCUACUUUACGUGUAUAUUGAAAUAAUAUGGAUGAUUUUGUCCUCUACAAACGGGUUUUGUGUUAUUCUUAGGUUGAAAGAUUCAUCGUACCUACAAACAAUGGUCACAGACAUUACAGAUAUCAAUUAGUAGAGCUUUGAAGAACUCAUGGCAAGCGGUCUAGUACCUACUCUUCUGGUGAAGUCCCUUUAGGCAUAGACACA